AUGGGUAGAAACCCUGUGGGUAUGAACCGCGUGGGUAGAAACCCCGUGGGUAUAAACCGCAUGGGUAAAAACCUUGUGGGUAGAAACCGCGUGGGGAGAAACCGCGUAGGUAGAAACCCCGUGGGAAGAAACCGCGUGGGUAGAAACUGCGUGGAUAGAAACCCCGUGGGUAGAAACCCCAUGGGUAGAAACCCUGUGGGUAUGAACCGCGUGGGUAGAAACCCCGUGGGUAUAAACCGCAUGGGUAAAAACCCUGUGGGUAGAAACCGCGUGGGGAGAAACCGCGUGGGUAGAAACCGCGUGGGUAGAGACCCCGUGGAUAGAAACCCCGUGGAUAGAAACCCCAUGGAUACACACCGCGUGGAUAGAAACAGCGUGGAUAGAAACCCUGUGGAUGCAAACCCCGUGGAUGGAAACCACAUGGGUAGAAACCCCGUGGGAAGAAACCACGUGGAUAGAAACCACGUGGGUAGAAACCGCGUGGGUAGAGACCGCUUGGAUAGAAACCCCGUGGAUAGAAACCCCGUGGAUAGAAACCCCGUGGAUAGAAACCGCGUGGAUAGAAACCCCGUGGAUAGAAACCCCGUGGAUACAAACCACGUGGAUACAAACAGCGUGGAUAGAAACCCCGUGGAUACAAACAGCGUGGAUAGAAACAGCGUGGAUUGA